AUGGCCAAUAGAAUCAAUACGUGUAGCUUUACUUUUACCAGUUUACGUACACAUUUACCGUGCGAUGUAUUGGGUGUUGAACGUACAUGGGAAUAUUUAAAAAGAGAAUUUAAUCGACAUAGUGAUGGUUUACCCGAUGCAAAAUAUUAUGAAACUAUGGGAUCAGGCCCUCAACUAUUUGCUGUCGUUGGUGAUACAGUUUAUUAUCAUGAUGAGGAAAAAUGGUUUUCAUAUAGUAGUGCUACGAAUAUUGUACAUGAUAUGAUAGAGCUCGAUGAUGAACUCAAAUAA